GCACGGUCCAUUCGACCAGAACCAUCACUGAUGGAUCGACCCAUCUUGGCUUCUCCGUCUUCUAUCCUCUUUUGUCAGGAUGGUACGUCAACCGUCUGGACCGGUUCUCGACAUUUCCACGUCCGCGGCUCGGGAUAGGAAUCGGGGGAGACGCUGAUAAAGACCGGAGUAUCGAUUAUGGUCAAGAAUGUGUCAUACAUGGGGCUGUCCAUGCAAAGAGAAUUACAAGGAACAUGUCUGCAGGAAUGGCCGGUAGAUCAAGACACUUGAUUUGUCGAGUAUUCCAUUUCCGAUUUUUGCCUGGUCCCCAUUGCUGUCCCAUCAAGACACGCUGUUGGAGCCGUCGGUGGUACAGAUCGUGGCAUAAAGUGGAACAGACAUGGUCGUGGGGAACUUUGGAAAUUUGCUCGACUUAAGCGGCCUCUCACAGUCUAUUUUGCUGCUUGCUGCUGGCCAUACAUUCUUUGUUCACUUCCCUGUCUCGAUUCCAGUCUCGUUGCAAUCCUAGCAAUGACAGGGGCCUUGUCAGACGAGUACACGCCGCUCCUUCGUCCGCCGCAGACUCCCCGCGCCGGUUCGUUGAGCGGGAGCGGGAGCAAGCUCAAUGAUGAGGACAAGGUCUUCUCGAAACGAGCCCUUAUUCUCUCCGAGUUUUGGCUACUCUUCAAGGGAUCCUUACCGGUUGUCCUGGCAUACACGUUGCAAAGCAGUCUUCAGACAAUCUCUGUGCUGAUAGUCGGGCGCUCGUCGCCCGAGAACCUCGCGACGGCAGCCUUCGGGUACAUGUUUCACUUCGUUACAGCUGGGAUCAUUGCCUUGGGUGGAACGACGGCCCUGGAUACGCUGGCAUCGUCUACCUUCACGGGAAGUUCGGACAAGCGUGACCUGGGGAUUCUACUCCAACGAGGGAUUUUUGUCUUGAGUCUCUUCUACAUUCCCGUCGCUAUUCUCUGGGCAUGUUCCGAGCCUGUCUUCCGGCUUCUGGGACAAGAUCCCGAUCUGUCCAGGGAUACGGCCAAGUUUUUGACCUGUCUUAUCCCCGGGGGAUUGGGGUAUAUCUACUUUGAAGCCGUCAAGAAGUAUCUACAGGCUCAAGAAAUCAUGCGAGCCGGGACAUACGUUUUGCUGAUUACAUCUCCUCUCAAUGGGGCACUGAACUACUUUUUCUGCUACACGCUUGGAAUGGGGCUUCUUGGGGCCCCAAUUGCAACGGGUAUCUCGUACUGGCUCUCUUUUGGACUUCUUGUCUUGUAUGCAAGAUUUGUUGCUGGAUCGGAAUGCUGGGGAGGCUGGUCUCGCUCGGCCUUGAGCAACAUUGGCACAUUUUGCCGUUUGGCAUUUAUGGGGAUCAUCCACGUCGGUACUGAGUGGUGGGCUUUCGAGAUUGUCGCCUUGGCCGCCGGCCGCCUGGGAACAAUACCUCUUGCAGCUCAGAGCGUGAUCAUGACCGCGGACCAAGUCAUGAAUACGAUUCCAUUCGGCGUCGGUGUUGCCGCGUCCGCACGGGUUGGCAACCUUCUCGGCGCAAGGAAUGCAUCGGGAGCCGCGCGUGCAGCCAACACGGCCGCCUGGCUCAGUAUGGUACUAGGGAGCGUGGUGCUGGCGGUGCUCAUGACAUCCAGACACCAGUUCGCCAGGAUCUUCAAUAAUGACGACCGCGUGGUGCGUCUCACCGCUGAUGUGUUGCCGUUUGUCGCGCUUUUCCAGAUAGCGGAUGGACUCAACGGGAGCUGCGGCGGCAGUCUGAGGGGCAUGGGUCGUCAGCACGUCGGCGCUAUGGUCAAUCUCGGCAGCUAUUACUUCGGGGCGCUGCCGCUAGGCAUCUGGCUUGCAUUCCACGGCUGGGGGCUCAAGGGCCUGUGGGUGGGACAGUGCAUCGCUCUGUAUGCGGUGGGAUUGUUUGAGUGGGGGAUUGUGGCGCUGAGCAACUGGGACAUGGAAGUGACCAAGGCGUUUUCCCGGAUGGACGUGCACGAGCGUCUGGAGACGGGGAUCGAAGGUGCGCCGUAAGGAAUGAGGAUUCUCCCUGCAGUAUUGUUUUUUCCGUGGUUUCUGUAAAUAGAUAGAUAGGAUAUAUACGGAAUGCAGGUGAACCACUCUUUCGGGACUCGAUCUUAUAAUGCAUUUACAACGCCCUUGACCAG